AUGCCGCAUCGGCAGCAGUCUCUCGGUGGGCUCGCCUCGUACCUUCAAGGGCCCCAAGGACUGACGCAGCAGUUUCAUCGGGACGGGCAGCAGAGGCUUUCCGUUAAAGAUCAGCAGCUGCAGCUGAUUCAUCGUCUGCAGCACCUGUAUCACGAUCAGCAGCUGCACCAGCAGCAACAGCAGCUACAGCAACAGCAGCUACAGCAACAACAGCAACAACAGUGCGAUUGCUUUUCCCCUUGUUUCUUCUUUGGUUUCGUUGCCUCCGUACUCGAGGAUCGGCAGAUGCUCCAGCAGUGGCGGCAGCUGCGCAACAAGCCUACCAGUGGCUUUCCCAAUUUCAAGGCAAGGGGCAACUCACGAAAACUGGAGGGGCAGGCCCCCUCUGCAGAACUGCAACGCCUGCUAUUCCAACGAGUGAAAGCCUUCACCAAACCCGAUGCGCUGCCGGUAGACCCCCCAGUCAACCUGGAGGCCUCUAGAGUUCCUUCUGCCCACCAAAUGGCAAGCGCGAUCCUCCCGCAUCAUCUGCUGCCGCAGCAGCAAGAGCAGCAACCACAACGGCAAGAGGAGGAUCAGCAGAAAGAGGAUCCUAUCUUGGACCGUAUUGCACUGCAUCUCGGAGCCCUAUCUCAGCUGCAAGCGUGCGGCAAGGUGGUUGGUAUUGGUCGGUCUUUGCGCGUUUUGGGGGAGGGCAGCGCCUUUACUGGAGCCAGCGCCGUGUUCUCUGCGGGGGGCCCUUGGCUGGAGGCCUUCCUGCAGCUGCAGAUGGAGCGCCUGCAGCAUCAGCGGCAACCCGAAGACGCAGCAGCGACUGUUGCAAGCGCCUUUCUGUCGGUGGCGAAGCAGCUGCAUGCCGAGUUGCUUCCCCCCCAUCUCCAGCAGCGCUGCCCGCUCUCCGCUCUUUCAGCGUCGGCUGUAUCAACACCCGAGGCAGCAGCAGCGGCAGCGCGAGCCGUUGCACAUGCCCUGAACGCCACCUGCAAAGCGCCUGCUGCAACGUCUGCCUAUGCGGCAGCAGAAAUGCAUGCAGCAGAGAGGCCCUCCACUCCCCCCGAGGCGCUGCUGCGGCCGGGGGCCCUUGUGGUGACCCCCGGAUUCGGAGCCAACUCCCUCUUUCUGCUGCAUUGCGUCGAACCCACUGCGGCUCUCACGCAGCAACAGCAGCUGCAGCAGCUGCUGCAGCUCAUAGACUGCGACGUCCAGUGGGCAAAAGAGCAGCAACCACAGAAGGACGCCUGGGAGGAGGCGCGGAGACAACGCGCCCCCCGGCUGCACAUGCUGGAACGCUGCUACACGAAGGCCUUCGAUGCAGCCGCUUCCUUAGGUCUGCAGACACUCGUGACACCUCUGCUGGGCACCGGCCAUGGAGGGUUUUCAACUCACGCAGCCGCAUAUUGUGCAGCAGCAGCAGCACAUCGCUGGCAGGUGCGGCAGCAGCAGCAACAGCAACAGCAGGGGCUUAAGAUCGUGUUCUGUACCACGGAACAGCACGAGUGGAGGGCGCUUGACGCCAACAUCCGCAGGCGCAUCCAGUUAUUCAAUAAGUCCGCGUCGUAA